AUGCACUAUUUACUGAGUCGGCUACUUCACCAACGCCAACUCAACGCCUCCGCUCAACUUUUCAAUGUCAGUCAUUAUGAUGUUAUCACAGAUAUGUCAAAUACAUUCACAUGUCUGAAAGAAAUCAUCAAUGAUCCAACUUAUCCAUUUAAUAAAGUUGACCAGAGCGUAGUAGAAAUUGUGAUUGCUCGUUUAACGGCAGCAAUUCGGGAAACUGGGAGCAUCGAAUCCUAUGCUGCAGAAUUAGUAGAUGUUCUGGAUGAAGUACUCAAGCAUCCAAUGACAACUCUGAAUGAGAAAAGCCGGGAUGUGGACAGUCCUCACUGCAAAAUUGCUUCCGAUCUUCUGUCUAGUCUUUUUUUGCACUACGGUAAAAAAUCUGUAAUGACGCUUACUAUUCCGGUUGCUCUGAAAUGUUUGAAUUCGGAAAAUGCUGAACUAGUGAAGAACACAACCAGUUACAUUUCCUUGGCUGCAAUACAUAACGGAAAAUCCUUAUCAUCUCAUGCUCUACAAAUCAUUACUAAAGUUGUCAAAGGAAAUUACUCUCUUAUUCGAGUUCUUCCACACAUUUAUCAAGAUAACAAAGAACCUUUCCAUGCUCAAUUGUCACAGCUUAUUGAUCUCCUCCAAAACCAAGAAGUGGAUUGUAGUGAAAAACUAUCACUUUUGCAAUUGGCUUCAAUGGUUGCUAAUACAAAACCUGAGGUACUCAUUCCUUACUUGCCACGAUUUGAUGUUUACCUGCUCUCUCCUCAAUUGUCCACAGCGCUCCUCAACAUUUAUAUGUCAUUGAUCUCUCAGAAUCGUACAAAAGCCCUCUCUCAAUUCCUACCAACACUGAAAUUAGCAGCUCAAUCGAAUGAGUUUGUUAACAAUCGGACUACCAUCUGUAAGAUAAUUGCUAAUAUUGGUCGUGUAUCUUCAACACUUGCUUCUGAAGCGGUUGACGAGCUGGUACUGAUGGCAAGGCACAAUCUGGCCGAACCACAACUUCUGCAAUCUGUUCUAAACGAAAUCGAGGCAAUUGGUUCGAUGUAUCCAACUUCCUUACGGAGACACGUGGCAUUCUUCCAAACAUUACCUUCUAGUCGAACAAUAGAGAGGAUUUUGGGUCAUUUGAACCUGAAUAAUGAAAAUAUUCCAUUAGAAGUCAAAAAGCAGUCAACGGAAUCUUUGCUUUCAAAGAAUUCGAAAGUGUUCGGAAAUUUGAUAACAAGUGGCGGGCGUACGGUUUUUGAAGUUUGUGAAUCGCCAACUGUGGAAUUGUGUGAACUUGAUAGAAACACACAUUCUUUGGCAAUGCAGUAUCAGAAUAAUAGAUCAAGUGGAUCAUUGAGCAGAAGAAGCCACGCAAGUAUUGCUCAUUCAUUGGGAGCUGGAACCCAUGGACCGUAUUCUGAUAUCAAUGAAUCUAGGGAAUUGUCCAUGAUUUCAAUGCCAUCAAGUUCUCGAACCAAUGUUCAUUUGUCUCAAGCAGCAUCAUCUUCUCGUGGUCAUAGUCUUCCACAAACAUUUUCUCCUCAAGCUAUGACACAAAUUCAAAUGGGAAAAGAUGGAAGAGUUCGUCCGGUGGCUGGAGGCCGUCGCCCUGUUCAAUGGCCAGCUGGCAGCACUGAGACUACAUUCCCUGCUCAUCUGGGGCCCGUAACCACUUCGAAAAUGUGUGCGUUGAAUGAAGAAGAUGAAAAAUGGAUAAACAGUGAUAGAAACGAUGUCGUAUACAAAUUUGUGGAGCAUAGAAAAAAUAAAAUACGUAGGUACAUUGGAGAAGUGAAUACACGAUUUCCGAUUCCAGUACAAUGCACUGUAGAAGGUUCGAAAAGCUCCAAGCAUCGUAUGGUAAUUCAUUUCUCUUGUCAAACUCGAUCUUCACCAUGUUGUGUUUUCACCAAAGAGUACUUGUUCGCUUUCAAAACCAAGUAUCCAGCUUUCUGGCUCCAUUUCAUGUUUCUCCAAAUGGAAUGCUCUGCAAUCACACAAUUCGGUGAGGUUGCUGGAAAAGACUCCCAGCAAUAUCAGACACUUGAACAUUGCUGGAAGUGUCUUCCAAGUUCAACCACCAAAAAUGUGUUAUUUGAUACAAUGAUCACGGCGGCGUUCCCCAAUUCGAAAGACCAAGACAAGCUGAUCAAAGAACUUGAUGAAGCUGGAUUCUUCGCUUAUUUCACUAUGGAUUCUUCAAAUAAUAUGUGGAACUGCAUCAGUUGUACCAACCCAGAAAAAGUAAAAUACUUUGUGGAAGAAGGAGGAGUUGAGAAGGUUCUCGAAGGACAGUUAAAGGAAAAGAAGGGUCGGUGGAGAUUCUUGAAGAGAUGGAAUACGAAAUACUUUACAUUGUCUUCGGCUGCUCUAAAUUAUAGUACUCAGCAUAUGCCGACUGACUCUCGUGCACUUCUCCCAUCAAUCGAUCUCCGAUCUAUUCGAUCAGUUCGAUCACUCGGACGAGGAAAAAAGGCUAGGAAGAGUUUGCGGAAAGCCUUUGAAAUUUUUACUGCUGAUAACACGUCAAUGAUUCUGAAAGCAAAGGAUGAGAAGAAUGCGGAGGAAUGGUUGCAUUGUCUUCAAAUUGCUAUGGCUCAUGCAAGACGAGAGCUUUCUUAA